AUGUUGCACAGUGUGUCGGGCUCCUUGGAUACCGCGCCAUGCACCUUUCCAUCAGAAAAUCUCCCCGGGCGGGGAUUUCAAACCAUCCCACUCGACCUGUCUGGUUCCAGCUCGAACGCCCACGAGCUGCUACUCCAGGCGUGGGCAGUCGUUCUGCGAUACUACGUGGGCAGUGAUAUGAUCGCAUUUGGCAGAGUUGAUGGCAUUGACUCGUCAUCGCGACUCGCAGUUUGUCACGGCGACAUACCUGCCUCUGCGACACUCGAAGAACUAGUCGCCUCACCAUUGUCUGGGGAACCCACUAGUUUGUCCCUUUCAGAAUGGAUUUCCUCAAAUACCUUCAAUACGCUGGUGUGGAGCGGCGCAAAGCCCUCCCUCGAGAAAUUGGAAACAACUUCGUGCUGUCUGGCCCUCCUAGCCUCCGAAACCCCUUCAUUAGCCUAUGCUUCGCAUGCAAUUGGCAAACAAGUAGCCACCGCGGUAGCCGAAGCCGUGGUCCAUGUGGCCAAUAUAAUCACGACUGAACCUCAAACCACAAUUGGCGCAGUAGAUCUCUUUGGCGCCGCAUCAUGGUCUCAAAUUCAAGAAUGGAAUUCGACCGUUCCCAAUAUGAUUGAGGUGUGCAUGCAUGAUCUCAUCGAUGCACAGGCGAGAUCACGCCCCGAAUCCACCGCACUGGAAUGCUGGGAUGGAACCAUAUCAUAUGCGCAACUGAUGGACUAUACCUCUCGGCUAGGAAGCUUUUUGGUCACGCAAAAUGUUGGUCCAGAAGUCUUUGUUCCGGUCUGUUUUGACAAAUCACUCUGGGCUGUAAUCUCAAUGCUCGGAGUCAUGAAGGCUGGUGGUGCCUUCGUGUGCAUUGAUCCGGCACAGCCAGUCGAUCGCCUUGAAACUAUCAUCAGUGAGGUGGAUGCGCAGGUAACACUGGGUGCCCCGGUUUACCGUGAGACGCUAGCUCGCUUGGUACCAAAUGCCAUUGCAAUCGAUGAGAAUUUCAUUCUUGGUCUUCCACCCUCUUCUGAGCUGCCUCGCGUAUCUCCGAAAGAUGCUGCAUUCGCCAUCUUUACUUCUGGUAGCACGGGCAAGCCGAAGGGUAUCGUGCAUGAGCAUCGAACGAUGUGCUCUAGUGCCAAACGCCACGCUGCUGCGUUGAAUAUCAACAGUGGUACGCGUACCUUCCAAUUUGCUGCAUACACCUUCAUCGUCAACACCUUCGAGCUUUUCACGCCUUUGGUGGAAGGUGGCUGUGUCUGUGUGCCUUCCAAGGAGGAUAGGUUGGGACGCACCACUGGUGCGAUGCGUGAUUUGAACGCAAAUUGGGCGUGCUUAACCCCGUCUUUCCUGCGCUCGAUCAAGCCCGAGGACGCCCCACAACUUGAAACCCUUCUCUUGGCUGGAGAGCCGGUCCAGCAAGACAACUUGGAUACAUGGCGUCAUCGGGUGAAGAUGCUCAACAUGUAUGGUGCUUCGGAGGCCUCGAUUUGUGUCGCUGGUGACUUAUCGGGACCCGUUGGGCGCUCUACCAUUGGAACCGGAGCUGGCUGCACAACUUGGGUUGUAGAUACGGCUGACCACGAUCGUCUGGCCCCUCUGGGAGCAAUCGGCGAGCUAGUCAUCGAGGGCCCAAUCCUCGCUCGUGAGUAUAUUCAUCAGCCUGAGAAGACAGCCGAAGUCUUUAUCUCAAACACUCCGUGGAUGGAAGAGAUCCGUGGUGCUCUGCCCUCCCGUGCAUACAAGACUGGAGACUUGGUUCGCUACGGUACCAAUGGCAGUAUUAACCUCGUGGGACGGAAAGAUAUGCAAAUCAAAUUGAGAGGCCAGCGCGUUGAGCUUGAAGAGGUCGAGUUCCAUCUGCGCCAGAUCAUUCCUCGGGGAACUGAGGUGGCCGUCGGUCUUGUUAAACCUGUGGACCAACCCGACCGCCCCAUGCUCGCCGUGUUCGCAUCUGUCAAGAAAGCAUUCGGUGACGGUUUCUACCCCGUAAACGAGGAUGUCGCCGUGGACCUUGAAUCCCGCAUGGAGGGUUGGAAGUCUAAGCUCGCCGACUGUGUUCCAGGAUAUAUGGUCCCUUCCACCGUCGUCAAGCUCAACCAUAUGCCCUUGACCGCGUCUGGAAAGACAAAUCGCAAGGCGAUUGGUGACUUUGCGUGCACACUCACCAUUGCUGCCCUGACCGGGGCUGCUAAGAAGGAGCACAAGGAUCCAGCCACAGAUACCGGCAAGGUGCUGCGCAGCAUCUGGGCGGAAGUGCUGGAUCUGAAGAUAGAGUCCAUCUCCGCCGAUGACAGCUUCUUAUUGCUUGGCGGAAAUUCUAUUGAUGCAAUGAAAUUGGUCAACCUGGCCCGUGAUGCUCAAAUCGGCCUCUCCGUCGCGAAUAUCUUCACCUAUCCCGUGCUUGACGAGAUGGCAGAAGCGUGCUCGCAGCUGCUUGUCCAAUCGUUCGAGGACAUUCCUUUUGGCCUUGUCUCGGGUGACGUUGAUAACCUUAUUCAGCAGGCUGCUGUACAGUGCAAGGUUAGCCCGUCGGCGAUUGAAGAUCUAUAUCCCUGUACUGCUAUGCAGGAAGGUCUCAUGGCUUUGUCAGACAGCAGAGAGGGUGCAUACGUGGCCCAGCACAGAUUAUCCCUUGGCCCCUCUGUUGACCUGAACCGGUUCAAACAGGCCUGUCAAAAAGUGGUCGACUCCCAUCCUGUACUUCGUACGAGCAUCGUCUACCCUGAACAGUCCAGAGCCUUGCAGGCUAUCGUCCAGGGUGACAUUCAAUGGCGUAUUGCUGAAGACCUGGAGAGCUAUGUGAAAGAAGACAAAGCCUGCCCAAUGAGUGCCGGACAACCCCUUACUCGUUAUGGUCUGGUACCCAAUGGCGAGGAAUGGACAUUCAUCUGGACCGUUCACCAUGCUGUCUAUGAUGCCUGGACACUUGAUUUGACGUUUGAUCGCCUCGACAAGGCCUACAAAGAUCAGCCCGUUGAGCGUGAUACCUCAUUCAAGGAAUUCAUUCAACACGUUAUCAACACCGAUGGUGGGGCAUCUGAGAGCUUCUGGCGAGAGUACCUUGCUGGUGCCACUCGGAAUGAGUUCCCCUCGGCAGUAUCUACCUCCAAGCAGCCUGUUGCUGACUCUGAAGUCAAAUACAACAUGACACUGAACAGGACUGAUGGCCUUGCUGGCAUCACGCUUGCCUCAAUGAUUCGUGCCGCAUGGGGAAUCCUCAUUGGAUCCCACUCCGAAUCAAACGACGUUGUCUUUGGCACCAUUGUCUCCGGUCGCAAUGCACCCAUUGCAAACGCAGAUCAGCUCUUUGGUCCCGGUAUUGCCGCUGUACCUGUCCGUGUCAAGUACGAAGAGAACAACGACGCACUGACCAUUCGCGAGUUUGUCGGCGAUGUGCAGGAUCAAUCAACAAAAAUGAUCGCAUUUGAACAGGCUGGUCUGCAGCAUAUCAGACGUGUGAGUGCAGAUGCCACCGCAGCCUGUGACUUCCAAACCCUUUUGGUCAUUCAGCCUUCCAAGCAAAAGCACGUCGCAACCGAUGAGAUUGACCUGCGAGCUGCCUCCGAGGCAGAUGCAAACUUCGGUACCUAUGCUCUUACCCUAGAGUGCAGCCUCAGGCCCGACGGUGUUGGUUGCUCUGCCCAUUAUGACUCCAGCCUGGUUUCUCAAGGCGCAGUUGAGCGGAUCCUGGGCCAGCUAGAGAACCUACUUCACCAGAUGUGCUCCUCGUCCACAGAAACAAAGUUGAAUGAGCUUGUCUUCAUCAGCACCAAGGACCAAGAGAGUAUCCGUGGAUGGAACCAUCAUAUCCCGGCACCUAUCCACAAAACCAUUCACGAGAUGAUCGGGGAGCAAAUUGCCGAGCGCCCGAAUGAUGAGGCGGUUUGCUCUUGGGAUGGCUCUCUCACAUAUGCGGAACUGGACCAGCAUGCUUCUCGUCUUUCCAGGCGCCUUGCCCAGUUGAAUGUUCAACCCGAAAGCUUCGUUCCCUGCUGUUUUGAGAAGAGCCUUUGGGCUAUUCCAGCCAUGCUAGGUGUCAUGCGCGCAGGGGGUGCAUUCCUCAACCUAGACCCUUCUCAGCCUGCCAAUCGGAUUCAGCUCAUGAUCCGGAAGCUCAAAUCUCAGACCAUUGUCUGCUCCCCCAAACAAUAUGAUCUCUGCCGCAGUAUGGGCGAAGAGUUGAACAUUGUUGUCUUGGAUGCCAUGACCCCCGAGGAGUCACUUCCGGAAUCAACAGUUCCUGUUGGUGUGAAGCCUGAGAAUGCUGCCUAUGUCAUCUUCACAUCAGGAAGUACCGGAGAGCCCAAAGGAACUAUCAUCCAGCACGGGCACUAUGCCAUUGGCUCUGUGACCCACGCACCUGCUAUGCUGAUUGACAGCAAAACUCGAGCUCUUCAGUUCGCAUCAUUUACCUUCGAUGCUAGUCUGGUGGAGACGAUCACCAUCCUUAUCAUGGGUGGUUGUAUCUGUGUUGCAUCCGAGGAACAACGAAAGCGUGACGUUGCUGAGGCAGUUCGCGCAACAAGAGCCAACUGGGCGGCUCUGACGCCUUCGUUUGUGAACCUUCUGAACCCCGAGGAUGUCCCAUCAAUCAAGACCCUGAUCCUGGCUGGAGAGGCUAUGUCACAGUCCCACAUCGAUACCUGGGGAACCCGCGUACGACUCGUCAACGGAUACGGCCCAUCAGAGUGCUGCGUCGCGUCUACAUCCAAUAUCGACGUUGUGCCAGGUGUCAGCCCACGCAAUAUCGGUCGCUCGUGCUCGGGUGUGGCGUGGGUUGUGAUGCCUACUAACCACCACCGUUUGAUGCCCGUGGGAAGUGUUGGAGAGUUGGUCAUGGAGGGCUGGAAUGUGGGCCGCGGGUAUCUGGAUGAGCCGGCCAAGACUCAGGCCGCGUUUGUCGAGAACCCGUUGUGGAUGGAGUUGGAUGGCCAGCCGAGACCCCCCGUUGUUUACAAAACGGGAGACUUGGUGCGUUAUAAUGCAGAUGGCUCAUUUGACUUCCAACGUCGCAAGGAUACUCAAGUUAAGCUGCGCGGCCAACGUGUUGAGCUGGGAGAGAUCGAGUAUCGCAUCAAGCAAAGUCUUCCCGAAAAACCUCAUGCCGUGGUGGACAUCGUCUGUCCCAAAGAUGCCCCUGAUCAACCUCGCUUGGUGGCAUUCAUUCAGGUUCCCGCGUCAGAGGCGCGCCGAAAGCCAACUUCCAUUUUCAUGCUCAACCAGCCGGAGUCGAUGAUUCCUGAACCAAACCAACGGCAUGUGUCCUCUGUUUCUGGGCUUGAAGACCGACUCUCGGACUUCCUUCCUAUGCACAUGAUCCCCAGUGCAUAUAUCCCUCUGUAUCACAUCCCCAAGAUGCCUUCCGGCAAGGCAGACCGCAAGACCUUGAUCCGCCUUGGCAGCGGGUUGACGCAUCGUCGGAUGGCCGAGUACUCGGGAGCCACUGAGGAUGCCCGUCCCCCAACAACUGAAAUGCAAUUCACCAUGCAGGAGCUGUGGGGAGAGACUCUCAAGAUGCCUGCUGCGCAAAUCAGUCUGAAUGACAACUUCCUACGAUUGGGUGGCGACUCAAUCACUGCCAUGCGAUUGGCUUCUGCAGCGCGCACCAAGGGAAUCCCGCUGUCCACGGCCACCAUCUUCCAACAUCCCACGUUGGAGGCCAUCAGCGCCGUUGCUGAGACUCUUUCGCAUCAGCAACGGCCGCAGAGCUUUGAACCAUUCUCCAGUCUCAAGUCAAUCCCCAAGGAUAAACUUAUUGACGACAUCAUUACCCCUCAGCUCGGAGUGCCGGCUUUCCAGAUUGAGGAUGCUCUUGAAUCCACCGACUUCCAGUCUCUUGCAAUCAACGGUGGUCUCAAUCAGACCCGUGGCUGGAGCAACUACCUGAUCUUCGAUUUCGAGGGGCCAAUUGACCUCCGCAGAUUGCAAGUUGCAUGUGAACAACUUGUCGCUCACCAUGCCGUUCUUCGCACUGUGUUCUUGUCCACUGGAUCGGAACUCAUUCAAGUCAUUCUCCGCUCGGUCGCCCCGGAGUACAGCAUCCACAUCCAGGAUGAGGAAGACCCCACCGAGUCUCUCAUUCGUGAAGACCUUGCCAGACCACCCCACCUAGGCGAAGCCAUUGUGCGAUUUAUGCUUGUCAAGGAUGAUGCCACUCAUCACAGAUUGAUCAUGCGCAUCUCUCAUGCCCAGUAUGAUGGAAGCUCCAUGCCACAUCUAAUGCAGGACCUGCGGACAGCCUACCGUGGCGAGGACGUCCCCAAGCGGGCUCAAUUUGCUGACUUUGUGCGCAUGCAACUGCACACCAGUGAAGGCGCCCAGAGCUUCUACACGGAUAUGCUGGCUGGAUCUACUAUGACAUCGGUUGUCUCACACACCAAGUCAUCAGUUACCAACGUACUUAACACUAUGCUGGCUGAGAUGGUGCCUCUGGUGGCUUUCAAGGACCACAGCAUCACGGCUGCCACAGUGAUAAAGGCAGCCUGGGCACUUGUGCUGGCGGAUAUGGCAGCAACCGCAGAUGUUGUUUACGGACACAUGGUGUCGGGGCGUAAUUUGCCUCUGGACGGCGUGGAGUCAAUGAUGGGCCCAUGCCUGAACAUUGUGCCAGUGCGUGCCAAUAUGACAAAAAUGCACAAUGUCCUCGAUCUUCUGCGUGCCAUCCAGCAGCAACAGACCGAUACGAUCCCCCACGAAAGCUUGGGUUUCCAGCAGAUCAUUGACCAAUGCACUGAAUGGACCCCAGCGACACGGUUCAGCUCGGUCUUCCAGUACCAGGACUUCGGGAGUGAGGAAGCUAUCCCUGGUCAGCCUGUGCCUUUCGAAAGUGUUCUCAAGUGCACCCCGGGCUUCGUCUGUCCAGCCCCUGAUGCGUGUGACAUGUCCAUCCUAGCCACGCCUGUUGGUGAACAGAUCCGCGUCGAGAUGAUCUUCUCAAACCACUCCGUCUCGCGUGAGUUUGCGCAGGGAAUGUUGGACACACUUUCUGCCAAGCUCAAGUUCAUCUCCCACGAUGUCGAAGCCCCAUUGGCGACACAUGAGAUGUGCCUGCGGCAACCCCAGAUCCCUCUUCCUGAGCCUGGUAGCAACAGCAAUGGACUCAGCGGCGUUCUCAAUGCCGUGGUGAAUGGACUCGGCUCACAACCCAACGGUACCAAUGGAGUGGACGAGAGUCAGCAUGCCCAAAUGGACGGGAAAAUCGAUCUUUUGGCAUCGGUCCGCAUCAACUGA